GCUCACUCGACGCCCCGCCCACUUUACACUAAACCAGUGGGACCUGAAUCAGAAAACGUGUGUCUCUCUGCUGUAACUAACUUUAUUGUGAUCUUUUAAACUCUGAGGCUCAGCAGCACAGGUUGUGCUGUCCAGACACAUCAGGAGAGAAGGAUGACCACUGACCAGGAGCCUACCUACACCAUCAAACUAGUACAGCUGCUACUCUUGUCCACGUACUGGGGCAUGCAGAUAUGGGUCACCUUUGUGUCCAGUUUUGUAAUGGACAACCACUUGAACAGACACACAUUUGGGUUCAUUCAGAGCAGACUGGUGCCCUUUUAUCUGCACCUGGGGUCUGCAUGUGCCUUUUUCAACCUCACCAUUUAUGCCGUGUACCACCCCAGUGACUUGCUGGAUGAGAGGGAGUCUUUCCAGAUCUUUAUAUUCUUUAUCUCUGUGACGGUGGCGGCCAUUAACGCUCAGUGGUUUGGACAGAUGACCUCAGAGAUCAUGGCUGAUAUGCAUCUCAUUGAACAAUCCUGUGGGUUGGGUCAGGACAUUGGGCUGUCGUCGAACCGUGAAGCCUAUGCCAAACUAUGUGAGACCGAUGUCAAAUACAAGCACCUGAGCAGCCGCCUGUGGCUGUACAGGCUCCUGUCCUCCCUGUGUAACUUAUGCUGUAUCGGCUGCAACUUCUACAGUCUAUGCUACAUGGCGGAGAAUCUAGUCACAUUGUAGUCAACACUAUUUGCCGGAUUAUUUUGUUUUAUUCAAACAUUAAAUUAUAUAUUAACAAGUCGUUGUCUCACAGUACGUUAGAAGUAAAGGUAGGUUUUACUUCUUGUUCAGGAAAUAAUUGGAUUUGAUUUUUCACUGAGGUUUAGUGGAGCUGCCUUUUGUCAUUAACUCAGCAGGAGCCCAAUCAGUUCCUGCAACAUGAGUCACACCUAACCUUUCACCCAGUGGCUGCCAUGGCUUUUUUCAGGACAGGUUAAUAUAGAGAGCAAGGUAGAUGGCAAAAGAAAGACACCAAAUACAUUUUUAGAUGAAAAGAGUAGACUUGAGAUUUUUGCACUGCACUUUUUAAACUUAUUUGAGUAGAUAGUGAAAGGGAAUUGCAGCCACACUACUUUCCUGCUCUUCCUGUUCAUCUUGAGGAUCUAGUGUUGGUCAAACUGGCAAAACUACAAAUUCUACAGACUCUCUUCACCUAUAAGACUAGAAACAUCUCCACAUCUCUAACGCUCCAUGUGUAGCACAGACGGUAACCAGCAACAGUAAUGCAGCAGGGCUUGUUUGCAGAUUAAUACACAGGUGUGGCUUAUUUUGAGGAAGACAUUAAUAUUGUUAUUUCAUGUAGAAAACAUUGUUAGACUGUGUUCAUAGAUGUCCUGUAUGAUGGUCUGUAGUGACAGAGGACAGACCUGAGUGACCAGAUUCUAUUUCCUCUGUAUCUGCUGAACACAUUCACAAGAAAUGCUGAAUAACUUUAACUACAAUGUAAAUGUAAUGAGCUUAAAAUGGAAAGUGUGGUGUGGAUAAUGGUGAAAUAUUUACUUCUAGUUUUUUUUGUCAUAAAUAUGUUGUUUUCAUUUAGUACUACUUUGGUGUUAUUUUCAGUGGAGGUAACUGAAUUCACAUUUUUAUAAAACUUGAUUCUUUGUCUUCUGUUUUUCUCAUUCAAAAUUAUUUUAUGCAGCUACAGGAGUCACGAGUUCUUACAGAUUCAAUAUUACUGUGUGAUAGUGCCUUAUGCACACAGAUGCACUGGGUACAGAGGUUCUGGCAAAAACAAUGCAAUUUACUGCCAUAUAAGGUUAAGUCCAAAAAUAUUUUAAGUUUGAGUCAUAUGCACUUUGUCUUUGUACAAUGAUCAAAGAAUGACAUAAAGCUGUUAACAAAUUAUAUUUACUACUAAUGUAAGCUAUAUUUUUAAUAUUUGCAUUAUAUUUUAAUCCAUAGGUUAAAGUUUUAUACUUGUAAAUGGUGAUUUUAUAUACCGGUAAUACAAACUGUACAAUUGGACUUAACUGUUGGCAGAUUUCAUAAGAGUAAUGCUGAACAAGGUGUACAUAAUGCGAGUUACAGUUUUACCCAUAUGGGUUUUCAAGUUAUAGAACGCUUUACUGUGUUGUUUUUUGUUUUGUUUUUUUACAAAAAUGCCCGGCGAGCAGGUCCAGGUACAGUUUGUGGUGAUGGGAUUUGAAUGUUUUUUUUUUUUUUUUUUAUUAAAUGUGUUGUCUUUUCA